AUGGGGCCCCCUACUGACCCCGGGCCCUCGGGCUGUGCCCGAGUUUCCAAAUGGUCAGUCCGCCCCUGGUGUGCCCUGAUGAUCAGUGUAGCCCCAGCAGCGCCACCUGUCAGUGUCCAUCAGUGCCUUGUGUCAGUGCUCAUCAGUGCCUCGUGCCAGUGCCCAUCAGUGCCACAUCAAUGCCACAUAUCAGUGCCUACCAGUACACAUCAAUGCCACAUAUCAGUGCCCAUUUGAUCUGCAUUUCAGUGUCAUCCAUCAGUGCCAGUCAGUGCCACCUAUCAAUGACAAUCAGUGCCACCUAUCAGUGCUGCCAAUCAGUGCCACCUAUCAGUGUCAGUCAGUGCUGCCUAUCAGUGCUAGUCAGUACCGCCUAUCAGUGCCUGUAAGUGCCACCUAACAGUGCCAGUCAGUGCCGCCUAUCAGUGCUGCCUAUCAGUGCCAUAUAUGAGUGCUGCCUUUCAGUGCUUAUCAGUGAUGCCUGGCAAUGCCCAUCAGUGCCACCUACCAGUGCCUCCUCAUCAGUGUGCCACCUAUCAGUGUCUAUCAGUGCCCAUCACUGCAGCCUCAUUAGCGCAUAUCAGUGAAGGAGAAAAAUCACUUAUUUACAAAAUUCUAUAACAAAAACUAAGAAAAAACGUUUUUUUUUUUCAAAAUUGUCAGUGGUUUUUGGUUUGUUUAAGAAAAAAUAA